AUGCCCCUCUGCGCAGAGCAGGGUUCCGCUUUUAUCCUCAUGCACCCUCAUUGUCAACUAGAGGUACGGGCACAGCAUCGCACUGUGCACUUCUUGCGACUUUUGCUGUGGUAUGGAUGUGAGGAGUACCAAAGCUUGAUCGGUGCAUGCUCUGAUGUUCGUUGCCGCCCUAUCCCAGUCCGCCUACCACCCCUAUCACCACCAUCACGAGCUCCACCACCAUCAGCCUUGUUAGUCCCGCCUCCAACAGUGGAGGCUGCCCGGAUGCGUCCACACAUCGACUCUGGAGGCCUUGCGAUGCAGGUAGCAAGCUCUUCGGAUCUGGGAAAUGGAGGACUAGCAGCUCCGCUCAGACCAGCUCUUCACCCUCCAUUUUCUCGGAGAUCUCGUUGA